CCUUAUCUUUUUACUAUUCUCUACCUAAUUUUCUUCUCUCUCUCUCGCAGCUUUGUAUGCAAAAAGUUUCCAUUUCUGGAAUACAAGGUUGGGCUAAUAAUUUGGUUCGAACUUUGAAGUAAAGGGUCUGAUAAGCUAUUAUCUGGGAAAAUGACACGGAGGAGAAUUCAGAUUAAGAAGAUUGACAACACGACGGCAAGGCUGGUGGCAUUCUCAAAGAGGAGGAAAGGACUUUUUAAGAAAGCUUUUGAGCUCUCUACUCUCUGCGAUGCUGAAAUUGGUCUCAUGGUCUUUUCUGCAACAGGAAAGCUCUUUGAAUACGCCAGCUCAAGUGUGCAGCAGGUAAUUGAAAGGCAUGAUCUACAUCCAGAGAAUCUUGGCAAAAUGGACCAACUGUUUCUUGAGCUACCGCUUGAGAACGGUACCUCCUACGCCAUGUUGAGCAAGGAAAUUGAGGAGAAGACACAUGAACUGAGGAAGAUUAGGGGAGAAGAGCUCCCUGGAAUGGAUAUAGAAGAAUUACAGAAACUAGAGAAAGUGCUUGAAGUAGGCCUGAGCUGUGUUAUAGAAACAAAGGGUGAAAGAUUUCUGGAAGAGAUCACUGCCCUUCAGCAAAAGGGAGCCCAACUGAUGGAAGAAAACCAACGAUUAAAACAGAUGGAGAAUCUGUUUAGCACUCAAACACAUGUACUUGAACAAGGUCAGUCAUCUGAGGCAACCACCAAUAUUUGCAGCUCAUCUGAUCCUCAAGACAAUGACAGUUCAAACAUAUCUCUUAAGUUGGGGUUGGAUUGUUCUAUUUCCUAGUCUUCCUUGGCAACUCAAGAUUAGCACUUCACAGCUUUAUAGGUUAUGGAGCGAGCUUCAUAGAGA